GAAACACUUCCUGUUUUUAGCUCUGUAAACUCGUGGAUAGCUGUUUCCAUGAUACUGUAAUGUUAGGCAGGUGAAGGCCAUGAAUUUACUCUGUCACUCGCGGAAAGUGCUGUCCUCGGUGUUGAGAAGUAGUGUUUUACUAACGCGAACAGAAGCUUUUGGAAGCAUUUGUUCAAUCUCCAAAGCUCGGUGCAUUAGCCUGUCUGUGCCUCAACAUUUUACAGCAAAUCUGACCUCAUGUCAACACUCGCAUCACGCAGCGUCCUUCACCGGGCACUUUGACAUAAAAAGAUGUUAUUCGGAAAGCGAAGAGAGCCGAAAUUCAGAGAGUAAUGGCGUGAUUGAAGAUGAUUCACAUGAGCUGGACGAUAAUAGCAGCGAAAACAGCUCCCUAAGUCGCAGAUCCUUGGAGACUUUCAGUCUUGAUGUGCUGGUGUCUCUUCUGCGUCAGGAAAAUGCAGUGGACCUCUGUGUGAUUAAAGUACCAGAGCAAAUCAAAUACGCUGAGUACUUCAUUGUCGUCAGCGGUGUGUCACCAAGGCACUUGCGCGCAAUGGCACUAUAUGCCAUUAAAGUGUACAAGUUUCUGAAGAAAGAUGAAGAUCCAAAUGUCAAGAUUGAAGGGAAAGAUGCAGAAGAUUGGAUGUGUAUUGACUUUGGUAAUAUGGUUGUUCAUUUCAUGCUGCCAGAGACUAGAGAAGUGUAUGAACUCGAAAAACUUUGGACUCUCCGCAGCUACGAUGAGCAGCUGAAGAGCAUCCCAACUGAGACACUUCCAGAGGAUUUCAUAUUUGAUGUUGAAGUUACAAAGUGACAACAUCUAAGGCUAAAUAAUAUGUGCCCAGACUGAACUACUUCCUUUGAGUUUUGGAUACAUUCUUUACAGUCAAAAAACAAAUCUGUUGGAUUUCCAAAAGUACUUUAAGUGACAGAAAUGCUGAAACCCAACUUAUCAGUAUAUACUGAUCUCAGAAAUAUUAACUGUACUAUCUACAUUAUAUCUCAUCUGGCCAAAGGACCAAUGAGCAUAAUAUCCCAUGGCAAGACAUCCAUCUGUCUGCAGUUCACAAGAAUUGUUACUCCUUCUACUACUGGCCAAAUUUUAAUAAAACUUGCACACAAUGAACAUCUACUCCAAAUAGUUCUCAAGGUUAAGGUUGCAUUUUGCCAGAUGAGCUACUAUCUGAAAUUUUUAAUGGAACAGAAAGGAAAAAAAUACAUGCUUUUGGCUAUUUAGAAAUUGUGGCAUCACAUAACUUGUCCAACGAAGUAUGCACCGACUCCAGUGUUUAUAACACUCUCAGCAAAGCUGUGCAAGCAGUGGUUCACUUAAGAAGGGUCUUAAAGAUGAGUUUGAGUAGUUUAUGUAAUGUGUGAAAAAAGAAAAAAAAAGUGUUAAUUAUCACAUUUGACCAAAUCGGCUUAUCUUAAAGGGGUGACUGAACAAUAUUCUGAAAUUAGUAGUAGUAGUUUUUGUUAUUCUUUCUAGUGCACUUGAAUGCACUAGAUGCUUUAACAUCAAAUAUGCAGAAACAGGCUUUUGACUAGGCCACACCUGGUGUGUUUUGGAACAUUGUCCUGCUGCAUAACCCAAGUGCCCUUGAGCUUCAAGGCAUGAACAUUCUCCUUUUCAGAAAGCAUCAAGAACUCUGACCUUAACUGAGGCAAAUGGGGCCUGCCAGCAUUUACAAUGAUAGUGAUUUAUCUGUGAUAGGCUAAUGUAUACUUGUAUACUGGUCAGGCUUCAGUAUUUUUCUUUAGAUAAAUAAUCCAGAAACCCAACACCUUUUGUGUUUAAAAGUUGACAACCCCUAAUGAUUCUGUUAAUUUUUCAUACAGUUUGACAUCACUGGUGCGGUGAUAUGGUGUUUGUAAAAUGCUUAAAUGACUCAUGAGUUUUCAGAUAAAAUGUAUGUUUUGUCCUGUUUAGAUUGUUGAAGUAAAUUAUUUUUUCUUACAUUC